AUGAGGAAACUUAUAAAAGCCAAAGGAAUUCGAAAGAGUCCUGGUUGUAGCUGGAUAGAGGUUGAUGACAGAGUAAAUGUUUUCACCGUAGAUGAAACCAGUCAUCCACAGAUAAAGGAAGCUCAUAUGAAACUGGAGGAGAUGAUGAAGAAGAUAGAAGAUACCGGAAAAUAUAUUAGUGUAGACUCUUCUGUUCAUAGAAGUCGUAAGUAUCACAGUGAAAAGCUGGCUUUUGCUUUUGGGUUGCUUAAUCUUCCAUCUUGGAUGCCAAUACGUGUAAUGAAGAAUCUUCGUGUCUGCGAUGAUUGUCAUUUGGUAAUAAAGCUUCUGUCUUUAGUCACCUCAAGGGAACUUAUCAUGAGAGAUGGAUAUAUAUUUCAUCAUUUUAAAGAUGGGUUUUGCUCCUGUAAGGACUAUUGGUAA